AGUGUGGGGUGAGUUGGGGGGGCUCGUUGGGCGCCCACAUCCCGGUACGGGUGUGGGUCACCUUUCCUGGCUCCGCCCGGGCCGUCUUGCCGUUGCUCUGUCCCCGAGUAGGGCUGUGUUGCGGGUGGGCGUGCGUGGAGAGGAGCCCCUCCGUCACCCGUCCCCUGCAGCCUCGUCUCCGAGGAGGGAGUCCCCUGGGAGAGGCCGUGGGACACCGAAGGGCGCUCUGUUGCGGUGCCAGAGGUCCCCGCCUAGAGCCCACUGCACGUGCGCCUUGUCUAGUGCCGUUUCUGGGUGUCUGGGUCGGUGCCUCAGGGCGUUGGGAGACUGCGAUUCUUGGGUCACACCCACAGACGAGCCUUGGAAAUGGGAGCUGUUGUAUUUUUGCUCCGCCUGGAGACAAGGAAUCUUCUGCAGAAAUACAGCUCCCAGGAAGAGUGAGGCCUGAGUACCGCCUUGGCCCAGGAUGGCCAGAGAAUCGAAGGAAAGCGCAGCCCUGGACGCCCAGUCUGCAGAGGACCAGAUGGGGCUUCUGGUCAUAAAGGUGGAGGAGGAAGACGCCUCUGCCUUUGUGGAGGAGGCCAGCGUGAGGGGCAGCCCGGUUCGGGGUUCGGAGCACUCCCGCCAGCGCUUCCGGGGCUUCCGCUACCCCGAGGCCGAGGGGCCCCGCGAGGCGCUGAGCCGGCUCCGGGAGCUCUGCCGACUGUGGCUGCGGCCUGAGAUGCACAGCAAGGAGCAGAUCCUGGAGCUGCUGGUGCUGGAACAGUUCCUGACCAUCCUGCCGGGGGACCUGCAGAGCUGGGUGCGGGAGCAGCAUCCGGAGAGCGGGGAGGAGGUGGUGGUGCUGCUGGAGUAUUUGGAGAGGCAGCUGGAAGAGCCGAUGCCACAGGUCCCAGGUGGUGACCAGGGGCAAGAACUGCUCUGUUGCAAGAUGGCACUGUUGGCACCAUCCCAGGGGUCACAAAGUAGCCAAUUCCAGCCGAUGAAGGCUCUGCUCAAGCACGAAUCUCUGGGAUCCCAGCCCUUACCAGACAGAGCUCUCCAGAUUCCCGGGCUUGCCCGGGGAGGGUGCUGCAGAGAAGAUGCAGUGGUAGCUGCCAGGCUCUCCCCAGAGUCCCAGGGGCUGCUGAAAAUGGAAGAUGUGGCUCUGACUCUCUCCCCUGGAUGGACCCAGCUGGGUUCACCUCAGGUGAACUUCUACAGAGGUGAAAGGCAGAACUGCGGCAGCCUCAUCUCCCUGGAUGGUGAAAUACAGACUAAGAUCAGGGACUUGCCUCCAGAUGAGGAACAUCCAGAACAGGAGCAUGGGGAAAUACCGUGCCACCCGGGUGAAGCCACUGCCCAGACUCCUACAUGUGCAGAAGCUGGUGAACAGGAGGGCAGGGUACAAGGAAAGCAGAAAAAUGCCACUGAGAGGAGGCGGCACAUUUGCCAUGAAUGUGGAAAGAGUUUUGCUCAGAGUUCAGGCCUGAGUAAGCACAGGAGAAUCCACACUGGGGAGAAACCCUAUGAAUGUGAGGAGUGCGGCAAAGCCUUCAUCGGGAGCUCUGCCCUCGUCAUUCACCAGCGAGUCCACACUGGUGAGAAGCCAUAUGAGUGUGAAGAGUGUGGCAAGGCCUUUAGUCACAGCUCAGACCUUAUCAAGCACCAGAGAACUCACACUGGGGAGAGGCCCUAUGAGUGUGAUGAGUGUGGGAAGACCUUCAGCCAGAGCUGCAGCCUCCUCGAACAUCACAGAAUCCACACCGGGGAGAAGCCAUACCAGUGCAGCAGGUGCGGCAAAGCCUUUAGGCGGAAUUCACAUCUCCUGAGACACCAGAGGAUCCAUGGGGAUAAAAAUGUUCAGGAUCCCGACCGUGGAGAGACCUGGGAGAGUCAGAGUAGGAUGGAAAGCCAGGAGGGACAUGUUGAGGCUCCUGUGUCUUAUAAAUGUAACGAGUGUGAGAGAAUGUUCACUCAGAAUACAGGCCUUAUUGAACAUCAAAAAAUCCACACUGGUGAGAAACCCUAUCAGUGUGAUGCAUGUGGAAAAGGCUUCACUCGAACCUCAUACCUUGUUCAACAUCAGAGAAGCCACGGUGGGAAAAAAAUUCUGUCACAGUGACCCAUGUCUUAUCUGCCAAAGUUGGUGCUCAUUCCUGUUGAACUGAAGCCACCCUGGAGCCCUUCCUGACUACAGAAAUGGUGGGCUGGGCUUAAUUUAUCACUACACAUCAUCAGGUGUUUGUUAGAAAACAUAGAGUCUGGCUGAGAUGAAUUAUGUUCUGCAUGCUAGAAGGUGAUUGAAAAAAACCCUAUUUGAUAGGAGGCUAUGGGAGAGUUGUCUGGAAGACGUAGCAUCUGAAAUGGUUUGUUCUCACCUAUUGGCCUUAAAAAGGCUUCCAGACUGGCUCCUCACCCUCAACCAGCACUUUAUGACGUCUCCUGGGUGGAAGGCUGUGAUUUCAGGACUGCUCCUCUAUUCAUUUUGCUAUAAUGAAUCCUCCAUGGUGGGUCAGAUUCGUGAAGUCUUAGGCUCCCCACUGUGCCUUGUACACAGGUGCUAAUAAACAUUUAUUAAAUAUACCAGUGAGAUUACCUUCAUAGCUCUGUAAAUCUGAUCUCAUCUAGAUUUCUGAGGAAUUUCUUACCAGAACUAUUUGUGCUUGUGUCUAAUUCCAAGGUUCUAGACUCUCAGUUCAUCUAGUGCAUUUUUUGCCAAACACACAGGAUUGACAGAGUGGGGGUGAGGGUGGGGUUACUGUGAUGGGGAGAAUAUAAAUUUCUUUUUUUUAUUUUUAUUUUUUUUGGUGAGGAAGAUUAGCCCUGAGCUAACAUCUGUUGCCAAUCCUCUUUUUGCUGAGGAACAUUGGCCCUUGGCUAACAUCUGUACCCAUCUUCCUCUACUUUAUAUGGGACGCCUGCCACAGCAUGGUUUGAUAAGCGGUGCGUUGGUCUACACCUGGGAUCCGAACCUGCAAACCCCGGACCACCAAAGCGGAGCACACAAACUUAACCACUAUGCCACCUGGCCGGACCCUAGAAUCCAAAUUUCUUUACCAGACUAGGAAUUCUAGUGUAAAUGCCUUAAACAACUUCAUUAUCAUUAAAUCAUUGUGAAUAUGUGCCAACCAUGAAAUUCCAUUCUUCUGUUAAUGUUUUCCUGAUAUUAAUUUUGUUACUCUUUAGGGACAAAAUGUUCCUAUUCAGGCAGUGUGAAAAUCAGUUAUCAAGUCAGAAUAAAAUGGUGAAUUCUCUAA